GUGGUUGUCUCUUUCAUUGGUCUGAAAAGGAAACGGAUUAAGAAAACAAACUAUAUAUAUAUUAGUUAUUGAUCUAGAUUAUAUUAUAAUGGUGAAGCAGGAGGAAGGUUGGGUAGUGUGUAGAGCAUUCAAGAAACGAACGAACGUCCCAACCAAAAGAAGGCAACUUUGGGAUUCGAACUGCUUCUUCUACGACGCCAGUACUCUCUUGGAACCUCUCGACAAGCGAGCCAAACAUAAUCCUGAUUUUGCCGGCACAACGUUUAAGCAAGAAUUACUCUCCGAGGCUAAUUUCGAAGAUGGAGAUUUCGGAUCUAUGUACCUUCAAUCCAUGGAUGAUGAUCAAUUCUACCAGCUUCCUCAGCUGGAGAGCCCCUCUCUUCCGUCGGAAAUAACUCCUCAGAUUUCGGAGAACAGUAGCCGGAAAGAUGACGUGAGCGCAGAGAAGAGGAUCACUGACUGGAGAUCUCUAGAUAAUGAUAGUUUAUCGGAGUCUGUGAAGCAAAUGGGAGCAUCAGAUUCGACUCUGCUAGGCUCUCAGGAAAAUCGAGGUGGUGAUGUGAUUACGACCAUCUCUCAUCGAUCCGAAAUAGUCGAUCCCAUUCUCGAGAAUCUUAAAGCCCUCACAGUUAGUAGGCCAAUAUUGAAGUCUCCUCCCACGGAAAGUAGCUUAACAGAUAUCUUAGUGAGAAAAGCUCUAUCCAGUUCCUCUUCCAAUACGGUUGAUCCUCAAAUACUUCUAGAGCUCUUCUCCAUUUACCGACAAUGGCAAGAGAGCAAAGCUCAAGAUAUUACCAAGAGACAGGAAGAUAUAGAAAACAAGAUAGAAGUGGCAGAUGCUUUGGCGACUAAACUUUUACAGAGGUUUAACCACUCUGUUUCUGCAAUGAGGACAACUUCCCAGCAUUUAUCUCAAGUUCAUGGUUUGCAGGUGGAGCUCGGGGAGCUUAAAGGAAGGUUAACUGAGGUGAUCAGCAACUGCGAUACAUUAUGUAAGAGAAUUAAUUCUGAGGGACCUGAAUCUUUGAGGUCCACAGUUACGCCUUUUUCUCUUGCAUCUCCCGAUUCGGUCAGUAUAAAUACUACUACUCUGUCUUCUAAACCAGAGGCAUAAGAGUAAAUACUCUUAAUGAUAGUUAGAUUGGUGAAUCGAAUACGUCUAGUUCUACAGUAUACUUUCUGAUCUCCUCUGAUUUUGCAUAGAUGCAUGAUGAUGCUAUUGAUUGGUCUCUUUGUUACAAAUCAUUAUUUUAUUUUGUCAUUUCAUCUUUUGGCUUUCAUAUUUUUUACGUUGGUUUAUUUUCUGAGUUGUACAAUCGCUUGUGAGCAGUAAGAAACCAUUGUUGUGAUAAGAGAAAAUUCAUAUGUAAUAAAUAUGCUUUGCUUGC